AUUUUCGGUUUGUAGGCUGGUGAUGGAUUAAGAAAGCUGCCCGUUGGAUUUCGAGAGCUUUAGAUUCCCUUCUUAUUCUGGGGCUUUGAAGAAUUAGUGAUUUUUCAUGAUCAAGAAGGGAAAGCAGGCAUAUAUAACAAUAAUUUCUUGAUUUGCACAAUAUAGGAUUUCAUUUGAAUAUAUUGUAUAGAUAUGAGUGUUGUUUCGGGGGUUGUUUCAAGGCAACUUCUGCCAGUAUGUGGCAACCUUUGUGUAUUUUGUCCAGCAUUGAGACCGAGGUCUAGGCAGCCCGUGAAAAGGUACAAGAAGCUGCUUGCGGAUAUUUUCCUUUCUUCACAGGAUCAAGAACCAAAUGUACGGAUGAUAGGGAAGCUCUGCGACUAUGCUUCAAAAAAUCCUUUACAUAUCCCCAAGAUAUCAAGCUUGCUGGAAGAACGGUUCUACAAGGAUUUGAGAACAGAGAAUUUCCGCUCGACAAAAACUGUCAUGUGUAUAUACAGGAAGUUGUUAUUUUCUUGUAACGAGCAACUGCCUUUAUUUGCAAAUAGCUUACUAAGCAUUAUGCACACUCUUCUGGAACAGACAGGCCAGGAUGAGAUCUUAAUAUUAGGAUGUCAAACUCUUUUUGACUUUGUUAAUAAUCAGAAAGAUGGAACUUAUAUGUUUAAUUUAGAAGUAUUUAUUACAAGGCUCUGCCAGCUGGCUCAAGAAGCUGGGGAUGAUGAGAGGGCAAACCAUCUUAGAGCCGCUGGACUGCAAGCUCUUUCGUCAAUGGUCUGUCUCAUGGGUAAAUAUUCUAAUAUAUCCGUGGAUUUUGAUAAUAUUGUCUCGGUAGUCUUAGAGAAUUAUGGCAGUCCAAAUAAGGAGUUGCACAAUCCCGGCCAGGACCAGUUGGAAACGAGUAAAGCAGAGGGCCGUACUAAUCCAUCACGAGAGGUGACAAAGGUUCCUUCUUGGAAAAUGAUUGUGAGUGACAAAGGCGAAACAAAUGUGACAGAGGAAGAUGCCAAGAAUCCCUGUUUUUGGUCUAGGGUAUGUUUGAACAAUAUGGCCAAGCUAGCAAAGGAAGCCACCACUAUGCGUCGCAUUCUAGAGUCCUUAUUCCGCUAUUUUGACGAAAGCAGCCACUGGUCUAAUGCAGACGGGCUUGCUUUACCAGUCCUUAAAGACUUGCAGUUUCUUAUGGAUGAUUCCGGGAACAAUACACACUUUCUGCUUGGAACAUUAGUCAAGCAUCUUGAUAAUAAGGAUAUACAAAAGCAUCCUGAUAUGCAGCUUGAUAUUGUUAAGAUCACUUAUUCCCUUACUCAAUUUACAAAGGUCCACCCAUCUGUGGCUCUACUCGGUGCUGUAGGCGACAUAUUGAGGCAUCUGCGUAGAAGUUUACAAUAUUCAGCAGAUGAUCCAAAUGCAGACACCGAUGUUGUCAAACGGAACAGAAAUUUUGGAGAAGAAGUGGACAAGUGCCUGGUGGAGUUAUCACUAAAGGUAGGAGAUGCAGGCCCGAUAUAUGACAUUAUGGCAGGGACGUUGGAGAACAUAUCACCUGUUACCCUGAGAGCACGGGCAGCACUGUCUGCAGUUUAUCGUACAGCUCAAAUUAUAGCCCCUCUGCCGAAUAGGUCAUAUCAAAACAAGGCAUUCCCCGAGGCCUUAUUUCAUCAACUACUCAUUGCUAUGGUCCAUCCAGAUCAUGAAACACGAAUUGGAGCUCAUCGUGUCUUUUCAGUUGUCCUUGUGCCAUCUUCAGUAUGCCCUCAUCAACCAGUGUCAGUGAAAGAACCAGACAAGCUUGCAACUUUUACUAGAACACUCUCAAGAACUGUCUCAGUAUUUUCUUCUUCUGCUGCCCUUUUUGAGAAGCUGAGAAAGGAGAAGUCUUCUUCUAGGAGAUAUCUUGUUCUGGAAAACAAAGAUAAUGUCCCUAGUGAGGGGGAACAGAAAAACAACAUUGGGUUUCUGGAGAGAAUUAGAUCAACAUAUAGUGGUACCUCUAGCUCAAGCGAUCCAGAUGUUCCUCCGUCACAAGAAGAAGAUUCGACGGAUGAUAUUUUUAAAGCAGUGGAAGCAACCACCUUAAGGCUGAGCAGCCACCAAAUUAUUCUCCUUUUUUCAUCUAUAUGGAUACAAUCAAUUUCCCCUGCAAAUAUGCCCGACAACUUUGAAGCCAUUGCUCACACAUACAGCUUGAUCUUGUUGUUCUCUCGGACCAAGCACUCCAGCCGUGAGGUUCUAGUACGCAGUUUUCAGCUUGCAUUUUCCUUGCGCACUGUUUCUCUUGCUGAAGAAGGACAACCACCACCAUCACGCCGAAGAUCUCUCUUUAUGUUGGCAACUUCUAUGAUUAUCUUUUCAUCGAAAGCAUACAAUAUUCCUCGUCUUUAUCCCUGUGUCAAGUCUACAAUGGCAAAUAAAGUCGAUCCUUUUCUGUCUUUGGUUGAUGAUUGCAAGUUGAAGAGCGUUGACAAUGAAUCUGGCCGCCAUAAGAUUGUAUAUGGAUCAGAGGAAGACGAUAAUACUGCAACGAAGUUUCUUUCUGAACUAGAUCUGACUGAGUCCCAGUCUAAAGAAUCCUUAGCAUCUCUUCUAGUAAAGAAUUUGGAAUUGUCAGAGGCUGAAGUAUCCGCUGUAAAAGAACAGUUGUUAAAAAGAUUUGUACCUGAUGACAUGUGCCCUCAAGGAGCAUUCACAGAUACUCAAGAAAAAUUAUAUCAGUUUGGUUCUGACAAUCACAGAUCUUUGGAAGAGGCUUCUCGAUCUAUAGAAUUGGAUGAUUCUGCUCGAAAUUCAUUUAGAAGUGAUGACGAAUAUGCUACUGAAGUGGACAUCGGGUUGCCUCACCUGUUGAGUGCCAAUCAACUUCUAGAUUCCGUUCUAGAGACAGCUCACCAAGUUGCUAGACUAUCUAGCACCAAAUCUGAUGUCCCUUUCAGAGAAAUGGCCAAUAACUGUGAGGAACUAUCAAAUGAGAAGCAGGAAAAGAUGUUUCACUUGAUGAAUAUCCAAAGAAAACGAGAUAAGCCAGGGGAUUCUUAUCAAAAGGAUGGUAGCCGCUAUAUUGACCAAAACGAAGCUGCAGUCUCUAGUGAAUCAUUCAGGGGCACUGUUCCGGUGCUGUCUGAGUACCAACAUAAUCCUCAGUCUUUCAGGCUACCCAACUUAAGCCCAUACGACAACUUUUUAAAAGCUGCCGGAUGUUGAUACUCAACAAGUGUGGGAAAAACCUCGUGUUAUGGACCGCCGACUUCUACCCUAGGUACUAAACAGCUUGUGUGCCUCAAGAUUCCGAAAUUGUCAGUUCUGAUAUAUACGCCUCUUUGAGAGCUUAAUGAAUAGGUUCCAGCUCCUUAACAAGUAUUUUUCUCUGUGUCACUCAUGUAGAAUAUGUUCAGGACCAAGCAUGUCGCAUUGAGAAAUUUUGGCAAGUUGGCAAGUUCUAACUGUUGUUUGUUAUUAUCUAAAUAUUUUUCACAACUUUUGAGUGUAUAUAUUAGGUUUAGAAUCAUUUAAGUUAUAAAAACCCAUUUGUUAAUUUUUAAAAGAAGUUUUAGAUAUGAUAGAGGAGU